UUUGUGAGCCUCGGAUAUUGCAUUGUUUAACCCUUUUCAUUGUACAUCCUAAAGUGGCAUGUGGCGUACUGGAUUAUUUCAUUACUGAAUGUUUGGUAACUUUAUUCGUAUUCAUUUCAUUCUUUUAAAAGAAUUGUAGUCGAAUUUAGGUAUCUAUAUUAUCAAUAAGCUCUUGAUCCGAAAAAAAAAUUCAAAAUGAACAUUACCUGAUGAGAGUUACUCGUUUGUAAAGAAACUUCAAAAUGGUUGGAUGCAACAACACAAUUUUUGGAUUUGCUACACUAACGUUUUUUGUAAUGCAAUGUUGGGGUAAAAAAGAACUUCAUAUUGGAGCUUUUCUUUCGAUGAGCUUUGAAGACAGCGGCUGGCUGGCGGCUGGUUCUCUACCAGGAAUACACAUUGCCUUCGAAGAUAUCAACAAUAGUACAGACAUUCUAAAGGGUUAUGAACUAAAACUGGUCCUCAAAGAUACAAGGUGUAACAAAGGAUACGCCUUUUAUCAGUUCGUGAAGCUUAUUCAAGACAACCCUCAAAUGGUCAUGAUUCUCGGUGGUGAUUGCUCAUUGUCAACUAAAUCAAUUGCAGAGGCCUCCCCACACUGGAAUCUGGUAGAGGUAAGCUACGUUGCAUCAUCGUCACUUCUGUCCGACAAGAAUACCUUUCCUUUGUUCUUACGGACGAACCAGCCCGAGCAUGCUGGCAAUUUUCCAAGGAUUUCACUCAUGAAAAUGUUUGGAUGGUCAAGAAUUGCAACAAUACAAAGUAGCGAAUUGGUCUUUGCUUCGACUGUCAAUCAUUUCCAUGAGCUCUUGUCAUUGAAUAACUUUACUCGUUUGACAACUGAAGCAUUCGUCGAUGACGCAAAGCAGCAAAUUAGUAAGAUCAAGGAAGAGGAUGCUCGUAUCAUAUAUGGAAUGUUUUAUGAAAACCAAGCAAGACUCGUACUAUGUGAGGCCUACAGACAAGGUAUUUAUGGUUCCGAGUACCUUUGGUUUCUUCCUGGCUGGUUUAGCAUUGAUUGGUGGACAAAAGUAGAAGAAAGUGUCCCUUGCACGCCUGCGCAGAUUAAAAAAGCCGCUGGAAACUAUCUUUCUACUAUCGAAGGACUUAUCUCGAAAAACUCGAGACAAAUACUACCAACUGGGAAGACAAUAGGUGACGUCAGAGAUCGGUAUGAGAAAGCAAUCAAUCAGUCGGCGUACGAGUAUGAUAUGUACUAUGCCUCGGGGUAUGACGCAGUUCUAGCAAUGGCACUCGCUCUGAACAAAUCUGUAGGCAUACUGCAGGCUCAAGGCAAGGGUAUUGAAAACUUUACAUACAAUGACAAUGAAACCGCUGGCUUGUUGAAAAGUAUACUCUACAGCCUGUCCUUCAAUGGCAUGACAGGCCUAGUUAGUUUUGAUGGACACGGUGAUCGCGUUGGCGCACAAUACAUUCUGCAAUUUCAAGAUGAUAAAAUGGUUACUCUAGGAUACUACGACGCGCACCAAGACAAAAUCGUGCUUUACAGCAACGAAUCGUUCUACUGGCCAGACGGCCAUCCUCCCAAGGACAGAGUAGUCAUUCAAUACAAGCUUGUUGUCGUUAACUUUGGUCUUUUCGUCUUUGUCGUCGUCCUCUCGUGUAUCGGUGCUCUUGUUACUGUGAUGUUCUUGAUCUUUAACGUUCACUAUCGAAACGAAAGGUUUGUUAAGAUGAGCAGUCCUCGACUCAACGUAUUAAUAUUGCUGGGAUGUUGCCUUGUCUAUCUAGUGGUUCCUCUUCAUGGUAUCGAUAGCUCUAUGGUCUUUCAAUAUUAUCUCGACAUAGUGUGUCAGAUAGAAGUAUGGCUCAUGUGUAUUGGAUUCACAAUGUCGUAUGGCACCUUGUUUGCGAGGACAUGGAGAAUUCAUGUGAUAUUUACAUUAACCACAACUGAGAGGAAGGCAAUAAAGGACCGUCAUCUAUUUGCCAUUGUGAGCAUCCUAUUGGUAAUCGAUAUCAUCGUGUUGUCCACUUGGCAACAUCUAGAUCCUAUACACUCCGUUCCUUGGUAUAUUGCUAAGGCGUACGAUGGUUUGACACAUUCAAGAUCUUACGUGGAAGUCUGUUCAAGUAAUGACAUCAGUAUCUGGGGGGGAAUCCUCAUCUGUUAUAAAGGAGUUCUACUAUUAUUUGGCGCAUUUCUCGCUUGGGAAACUCGUAAUGUGAGUUAUUCAGAGCUGAACGAUUCUCGUAACAUCGCCAUAUCUGUCUACACGAUACUCGUAUCUUCCUUAGUUGGGAUUCCUGUAUUGAUUUUCGUUAAAGAAUACCCUGAUUUCACCUUCUGUAUUGCUUCCUUCUUCGUAUUGAUUUCCACCAGUCUUAUCAUCGCACUGAUGUUUUUGCCAAAGGUAAUAGCUCUAAAGAAAGUUAGUCCACCAGGUCCAGACAACCCUAAAGGGUGUAGUGUGGUCACAUACCGUUCGUCACAGAUUUUUUUGAAUCCUUCGUAUCUUCAGCCAAGACUGUAUGGAACCUCCAUCAAACCAGAGAAAAAGGAAGAAUCGACAGAAAGGCAAAAAUCAGAAUCUACUUAAUCACCAAUCUGUGAUCCAAGCAUACAUGCUGCCGCACAACCCAUCCAAAAUAUAUGUACAUGCCCAACAGCUCAGGUGAUGUCAUUCCUACUUUUUCCCUUCGACCUUAAAUUUUGAUAAGGUCUAUUUAUUACUUAUUAACGUUUUUAGUUAAGCAUUCAUCAUAUCAUAUGUAAACGUUCGUGUUUUUAAAAACAAAUGUCCCCUAAAGACUAAAGCUUCCAUUUUAUGUAACUUUUUGACCGCAAGAACAGUCGAAAUAUUUAAACAAUGUUACGUUGUUUCAUGUCGGAAUAAGCUUAAUAAUCUUAUAUAAAUGGCUGUUCUGGUGGAGGUUCAUUGUGGAUCUGGCGGGUACUUUCAAACCAAACCCCGCGCGCUCGCUUCCACACCCCACAAAUGUGGAAUUCUCACUAUGCCACGUAUUGAUUUGCUUUAACUUCAGGGCCGCGAAUCCAUUACAGAAAAGUAACUUGUUACACACUCAAACCAUUGCGGACCUAAGUUGCUAUCUCUCCAUAAUUUCUAUUCUUUACUGGUUUUUUUUUCGUUUGAUUUUUUUCAAAUGCAUAUAAUUUCCGUUGUUGUCUAAUUAGCUAGCUACUUUCUAACCAAGACCACACCUUCGAGCGACUUUUGUAGAAUUUCAAUCAGCUGAAUAAAUCUCAUAACCAAG